AUGGGAAUCAAACCUCAAUUCUUCCUGGUCAGACCAGGGGCAGAGCAAAUCACACCCGACGGCCAAGUUCUUUCUCAGCCUGCAACUGCUGUCCCUCUUAUUCCUGCAGACCUUCUGCCAGAGUGGAUUGAAGUCAUCGGCGCCCCUCGAAGUUUAUCCCCAGAUGAGACCAGAGACAUGGGGAAUUUGGGAGUCAUCCAUGCUGAGCUGGAUACUUACAAGCUUCGAUUCUCUCCCAUCACCAAGGAUGAAGCUUCGACAAGUGAUGAAUCGGACAGUUCAUAUGAGCGGGUCACUGAAUUUCAUCCCAGUACCUGCGCAGUGGGUGUAUCAUCGUCUCACAACUACUAUGAGACACCGAAGCCAACGAAAACUCAGCUUUCAACUCUCAAGUCCAAGCUAAAACCAGCACAAGGCCUCUCCUCUAGCCGCCACAAUCCUGUCAACAAGCAGCAGUCAGCCCAUCUCAAUCCUACUCCCCACAGAGAGACACCACAAAUUCCAACCAACACCACGGCACCAUCGUCUCAAUUGCCCUCACUCUGUCGACACUGGUGUCACCAUGGUGUCUGCAAAUGGGGUCUAGACUGCCACUAUGAACAUACAAUGCCCAUCACUGCAGCAGGCCUUGCAGAAGUUGGCCUGACUGGAUUCCCUGAUUGGUGGCUUCAGGCGCGGGGAUUGAUGCCCAUGCCUCCCCAAGUUCUUCAUGCAGUGGAUGCACCAAAUGGUCGACGAACCGCGAGGAAGGCUGGGAGCCUUCUCAAGAGAAAGCAGAGAGCCAGAAUCCGUGCUCAGCGUCGAGAUGUGCAGUUCAGAAACCUUGAAGAGGAAUCGGAAGCCGAGGAUGAAUAUGAAGAAGAGGAACACGUCGAGGAGGAAGUGGUUAAACCUGAGCCGAAGAGAGGAGGAGAGGGAAUAUUGAUUGACCUUGAUUAA